GAUUAGGGAACCAAUUUAAUAAGCAAACAAACCAAUUUAAUUAGUUAGAGUGGCAACCAGCUCCAAAUGCCUGGCUGGCCUUGUAUAUACCAUUCGAGUUUGUUCUGGCCAACGUGCAGGAUGUCCCAGGUGACACCAAUGGUGCAGCCAUUGUUGCUGCAAUUCCAGCAACUGUUUUUCCUAUCAAAGGUGGUGGGUGUUUUGCCGCAGGACCUGACCAAGUUUCGUCACAAAAAUGUGCUGGAAAAGUCGCGCAAUGGCAUGAUCUAUAUGCUCGGCAUGUUGGCCCUGUAUGUGGUGCUCUAUAAUUUGUUGAUUUAUUCUUUUAGCGAAGAGGAUCGCACACUCAAGGCAACACAGAGUACCUUGACAUUUGUUAUUGGCCUGUUUUUGACCUACAUUGGCCUUAUUAUGAUGGCCACGGAUCAGGUCACAGCGCUCUUUAACCAAGGUAGACUAGGAGAGCUCUACGAGCGCAUUCGCGUAGUGGAUGAACGGCUGUACCGGGAGCAGUGCCAGCUCGACAACAGCUGUAUAGCAAAACGCAUUCGUAUAAUGCUAGUUAUGACGAUUAUUUUCGAGCUUUUCAUUUUGCUUACCACAUACAUUGAGCUGGUGGAUUAUACGCAGUGGUUGUCACUUCUAUGGAUGGUCUCGGCAAUUCCUACUUUCAUCAAUACUCUGGAUAAGAUUUGGUUUGCAGUUUCGCUAUAUGCGCUCAAAGAACGCUUUGAGGCCAUAAAUGCCACUUUGGAAGAUCUUGUGACCGAGCACGAAAAGUUUCAGACUUGGUUAACUGCAGAUAAUGAUGCCGCUGAGCUUCAUACGGCAGACAGUUUUGAAACGCAGCCGCCACAAUACGACAGUAAUCUGGAGUAUUUGUACAAGGAGCUCGGUGGUAUUGAUAUAGGAUCGAUGAGAGGCUCUGGUAGCAAGAAAAACAAGGUCGCGCCAAUCGCCCACUCGCUAAACUCUUUUGGCGAAUCGAUUCAAACGCCUCGCAAGCCGCAGCAGCCCAAUCCAAACCCAAUGAUGAACAUGGCGCACGAAAGCGAAUUAAGCAAUGCGACCAAAGUCGAGGAGAAGCUGAACAAUCUGUGCCAAGUGCACGACGAGAUCUGCGAGAUAGGCAAGGCAAUGAAUGGGCUAUGGAGCUAUCCUAUUCUUUCGCUUAUGGCGUAUGGUUUCUUAAUAUUUACGGCUCAGCUGUAUUUUCUAUACUGUGCCACGAGGGCGCAAUCGAUACCCUCGUUGUUUCGCUCUGCAAAGAAUCCCUUUAUCACGGUUAUCGUCCUGGUCUACACAUCUGGCAAGUGCAUAUAUCUGAUUUAUUUAAGCUGGAAAACCUCCUUGGCCUCCAAGCGUACUGGCAUAAGUUUACAUAAGUGCGGCGUCGUGGCUGAUGACAAUUUACUCUACGAGAUUGUGAAUCACUUGUCGCUGAAGUUGCUUAAUCAUUCGGUGGACUUCUCAGCCUGCGGCUUCUUCACGCUGGACAUGGAAACGUUGUAUGGUGUCAGCGGUGGCAUUACCAGCUAUCUUAUUAUACUCAUACAAUUUAACUUGGCGGCACAGCAGGCCAAGGACGCCAUACAAUCCUUUAAUAGCUUCAAUGACACGGCUGGAUUAGUGGGCGCUGCCACCGAAUUUGGGAAUGAGAGCUCGACACUUUACGAUCUGGUGACCACCACAAUGAUGACGCCCUCUAAUUAUUGAAUCUUGUCAAUGCAU